UGCGAUUUCGAGCGUCCUUGGGAUUUCAGUAGCUGCGAGGAAAGCGUAAAGAAGCCCGCCGGGAUAUGCUCCUGCCUUGUGCGCUGCUGGCUGCUCUCCUGGCUGCUGGCCACGCAGCCAACCCUUGCUGCUCCCUCCCGUGUCAGAACAGAGGUGUGUGUAUGACAACAGGAUUUGAUCGGUAUGAAUGCGACUGCACGAGGACAGGCUAUUAUGGGGAAAACUGUACAACACCGGAAUUCUUCACAUGGCUGAGACUAACAUUGAAACCUACACCAAAUACUGUCCACUACAUUCUCACCCACUUCAAAGGAGUCUGGAACAUCAUCAACAAUGUUUCCUUCUUACGAGAUACUAUUAUGAGAUACGUGUUGACGUCAAGAUCACACUUGAUUGACAGCCCACCAACAUACAACAGUGACUAUAAUUACAAAUCCUGGGAAGCUUAUUCCAAUCUUUCCUAUUACACAAGAAGCCUUCCACCAGUAGGACAUGACUGUCCAACACCGAUGGGUGUUAAAGGUAAGAAGGAGCUCCCAGAUUCAAAACUGAUUGUGGAGAAAUUCUUGCUGCGGAGAAAAUUUAUUCCUGACCCACAAGGCACAAAUGUGAUGUUCACAUUCUUUGCCCAGCACUUCACUCAUCAGUUCUUUAAGACAGACCAUAAGAAAGGACCUGGCUUCACUAAAGCUUAUGGCCAUGGGGUUGACUUGAACCACAUUUAUGGAGAGACUCUGGAGAGGCAACUUAAAUUGAGACUUCACAAGGAUGGAAAACUAAAGUACCAGAUGAUUGAUGGAGAAAUGUAUCCACCAACAGUAAAGGACACUCAAGCAGAGAUGAUCUACCCUCCUCAUGUUCCUGAGCACCUGCAGUUUUCUGUUGGACAGGAGGUGUUUGGCUUGGUCCCAGGCCUAAUGAUGUAUGCAACAAUAUGGCUAAGAGAACACAACAGAGUCUGUGAUAUCUUGAAACAGGAGCAUCCAGAGUGGGAUGAUGAGCAGCUAUUUCAGACUACAAGACUCAUAUUGAUAGGAGAAACGAUCAAGAUAGUUAUUGAAGAUUACGUGCAGCACUUGAGUGGCUACCACUUCAAACUGAAGUUUGAUCCUGAGCUUCUGUUCAACCAGCGUUUUCAAUACCAGAACCGAAUUGCAGCUGAAUUCAAUACUCUGUACCACUGGCACCCACUGCUGCCUGACACUUUUCAGAUACGUGACCAGGAGUACACUUUCCAGCAGUUCCUCUACAACAACUCCAUAAUGCUGGAACAUGGCCUUUCCCAUAUGGUGAAAUCUUUCUCCAAGCAAAGUGCUGGCAGGGUUGCUGGUGGGAAAAAUAUUCCAGCUGCAGUACAAAAAGUAGCAAAGGCUUCAAUUGACCAAAGCAGAGAAAUGAGAUACCAGUCCUUGAAUGAGUACAGGAAACGCUUCAUGUUGAAACCAUUCAAAUCAUUUGAAGAACUUACAGGAGAAAAAGAAAUGGCUGCUGAACUAGAAGAGCUUUACGGAGACAUAGAUGCUAUGGAACUGUAUCCAGGCCUUCUUGUAGAAAAGCCAAGACCAGGUGCCAUCUUUGGUGAAACAAUGGUAGAAAUUGGCGCACCGUUCUCUCUGAAAGGACUGAUGGGAAAUACAAUAUGCUCCCCUGAGUACUGGAAGCCAAGUACCUUUGGUGGAAAAGUGGGGUUUGAAAUAAUCAAUACUGCCUCCUUACAGAAGCUCAUCUGCAACAAUGUGAAAGGCUGUCCUUUCACUGCUUUCCAUGUCUUAAAUCCUGAACCCACAGAGGCAACUAUUAAUGUUAGUACCUCAAACACAGCAAUGGAAGAUAUCAACCCCACACUACUACUGAAAGAGCGAUCUGCUGAGUUGUAAAUUAGCCAUCUAAUUUAUUUAUUUAUCUAAGUUAUUCUAUUUAUAGCUCUAGUAUUUAGAAAACAAAAAGCAACCUUUUGCAUCUUCACUUUGAGGGUUGCCCUAGAUUCCUUACUCAGGUAAGGCUUCAUUUUAGAAAAAGGGAUUUUCUGUGUUUCAGCUCUGUAGUAGCAAAUCCCUUGUUAAAAGCCUUCUGUAGCAGAACUACGUAUUCCAAAAUGGACCAAGUUCCAGCUUUUUUUUUUUUUUUUUUUUUUUUUUUUUUUUUUUUUUUUUUUUUUUUUUUUUUUAAACUUGUUUUAAUACUUGACUAAGGGUGUUAGGAUUGUCUUCUCACUUUGAUAGGUCACGUAACACUACAAAAAGCAAGUUAUUGCCUCAGCAAUUUUUUGAACUUGAAAACAGACUUUCAGACUAAAAAUGAGAGCAUGAUUUAAUGAAACUGCUAAAAAAGAUUCUGAAUUCCGUAUGAGCACUCCAAGAUUAACAAAUAUGUUUGAGACUUGCUUAUUUAAAGUCAAAAUGCAUUGCGUUUGUCAAUGAUACUACCUCUCCCUCAUGCAAAUAAGGCACUUUGUAUAGUAAUUUACAUGAUAGUUUUUUUUUUUUUUGUAAGUCUGUCCUUUUGUGUGGCAUUAUACUUUUUCAUCAUUUUUAAUUUAAUUAUUAAUUUAAUUAUUUAAAAAUAAGAGAACUUGUCUGAAAUCCUACUUGUUUUUGAAGCAUGUGUCGCAGAAGUAUUAUGUGAGAUGAUGUUAACAGAGGUACUGAGCUUAGACACGACUGUCAAGCAGGAAAACAAGGCUGCUUGUAUAUCAGUAGACAUUUUACUUUGUGAGUUUGGGGAGAUCUUAAACUUAAUCCAAAGUCUAUUAGUGUGGGGUUGUUUUUGUUUUUGUAGCUGUAACUGUCUGGUCAAUAUAAAUUCUCUGGAUGGUAUAAAUCUGUUAUUUUAGAUAAAACUAUACAAUCCUUUUGUCCUUAAGGACAUGAGUAUAAUAUAGGUUUGUGUAGCCAAAUGGAAAUUAUUGGGGAAUAAUUUAGAAAAUAGA